AACUUUUAAUGUGCUCUCACCUUCUGACAGAUACAUGGGUAUUACCUGAAAAUUACACAUAAAUGUAAUGAAAAUGAGUCCCCCAAGAGUUAAACAUGGCCUCCUCAAGAUUAGCCACAUUCUGUGCAGCUGGAUUCCUGGGAAUGAGGCAGAAUACAUGGAGACACUUUCAGGACAGACCUAGGAAACGUUAGACUCAUCCUCAAAUUCACAGGCAAGGCUCCUUUUUCUCCACCUUGGGGUCUUCAUUAUAUUAUGUCUUAGUUUGAACUAAUGAAUAGACAGUGUAAAACUAAAAGGUCACCUUUUCCACAUUUCUCUUAAAUCUGUUUUGCAGUACAUAAGUAUUGUCUUAUAUGCAGUCUGUGCUGCAGUGCUCACUGCUGGCCAAACUAUGUAUUGCAUAGGUCCCACUUUCAAAAUAAAAUAUCCUGUUUAGUGACACGUGAUGUCUUAGUUACUCAGCAAUAGGAUGUUCCCCACAGGACCAGGAGAAUAUACAGGAGCCCCAGCCAAUGAAAGGAUUAGAGUCACAAAUAAACAAACAUUCAUGAGCGUUUGUGUAUUGUCCUCAAAACUGCUAAAUUAAAAAAAUUAAAUGUGAUAACGGCCUAACUCUAUGGUUUUUUCUCAGCCCCUGCAGUCGUAUUGUCUUAAAUUACUUUAAUGUUUAUUACGUUAUAUUGUCUGAAACCGGAAACCUUUCAAACGUGUUGACAGUGGCACCUCAUUUUUUUUCCGGAAGUCACUGUUAUGUAUUUGUUUAGCGGUGAUCACAUAUAAAAGGGGUCAGUGCGAUGAAGAGUGCGGUUGUGUCCACAAUGACUACAAGUAAUGCCAUAAAAAAGAUACUUAUAGUAGGAAGCGGGAUUGCAGGUAUAGCAGCGGCACACAGACUGAUUAAAGAUGGAUUUCGACAUGUUAAAAUCAUUGAAGCGACAGCGAGAAGCGGCGGUAGAAUCAAAACAGGACGAUUAGGUGAUAAUAUUGUAGAAAUGGGAGCAAACUGGAUCCAUGGGCCGUGUAAGGAGAACCCCGUCUUUUGCCUGUCAGAAAAUUACGGACUUCUGGAGCCAGAAGCUCUCCUGCCAGAAAACCAAACCAAGGACUUCAAAGGAUACGUGCCAGAGGUUUCAACAUUCUUUACCAGUUCAGGUCUGCAGCUGAAUCCUGACGACAUGUAUCCUGUUCUCGAGAUGUUCCUGCAGUUGCUUAACGAAUGCUCAGAGUUUAAUGAUAAAGGAGAGGAACCGAUGCCCAGUAUGGGAGAAUUCUUACGGUCAAAGGUGCAACAACACGCAGCAGAGAAAUGGAAAGAUGUGGCUCCCAGUACGCGAUCACGUCUACUGUGCUUCAUCAGCACCAUGUUUAAAACUGAGUGCUGCAUACAUGGGACUCACAGCAUGGAUGAGGUUGGACUGCAGGCUUGUGGUCUCUACAAAACUCUACCUGGACGUGACUGUACAUUUCCAGGUGGCUACGAAGGGCUAAUAAAGAACUUGUUGUCAGAGCUCCCCAGUGAUGUGGUGACGUACAAUCGGCCCGUGCGCUGUAUCCACUGGAGCAACUCGGAGAAGAGACCAAGUCCAGUGGUUGUUGAGUGUGAGAAUGGGGAGAAAAUCCAAGCCGAUCAUGUUAUUGUCACAGUGCCUUUGGGAUACCUGAAGCAGCACCAGUCCACUCUGUUCCAUCCUCCUCUGCCUUCACACAAGAGUCAGUCCAUCCAGAGAUUUGGCUUCGGAACCAACAAUAAAAUCUUUGUGGAGUUUGAUUCACCAUGGUGGGAUGCGGACUGUGAUGUCAUCUACCUUGUGUGGGAGGAUGAGGAAGCCUUGUUGGACCAGGUGCCGGACUUGAAGAGCUCCUGGAUCAAGAAGUUGAUGGGCUUCACUACGCUGAAGCCUGUUGAACGAUAUGGUUACACUCUCUGCGGGUGGAUCGCUGGACAUGAGUCUGAGUAUAUGGAGACACUGUCUGAACAGGAGGUGACACAAGCUGUCACACAGCUUCUUAGAAGGUUCACAGGAAACCCGAUUAUCACCCCAAGGAGAAUUCUCCGCUCUCAAUGGUUCCAUGACCCCUGGACUUGUGGUUCUUACUCUUUCCAGGGCUGCUCAAAGCAGGAUUUAGAAAAUUUACAGGAACCACUUCCUGUAAAAGGGUCACAGUCACAGCCUCUGCAGGUGCUUUUUGCUGGAGAAGCUACUCAUUCCUGCUACUUCUCCACCGUCCAUGGAGCUCUCCUCAGUGGGUGGAGGGAAGCAGAUCGUCUCAUCUCUCACUACAGCAUUGUUAGUCAACCACACCUGGGCAGUUCAAAACUCUAAUAAAAAGAAAGAAAGAAAGAAAAAGAAAAUGACUUAAAAAUCACACUUAAAAGGAUUUUUUAAAACACAGUAUUUUUAACACUGAAAUUAUUAUUAAAGUUCCAAUCUAAAAAUUGAUGUGUUGCCUUUCAUAUAUUUUCCUGCAAUUUGUAAUUAUAAUGUGUAAAGUAUUAUUGUCUUGUAAAGAGUAAAUGAUUUACUGUAAAUGUGGUGGACUGGAUUCCUGAGUUCUGAAGACAACCUGGAUAACUAACAAUCUUCACAAAAUAAUUUAAAAUGGCAUUGAAUGUGCCAAAGUCAAGAUUGAGAAAUUAUUAGAGAUUCAAAUGGAUUAAUAUGAAAUAAAACAAAAUGAAAGUUGAAAAACAAGCCCCACAAAUAUGUUGAAUAGAUGGCCUAAAUCAUUGAGCAAUUUGUUAAAUUUUCUUACUAUUAUGAGUUAUUAUAAGCAUCUUUGCAAUAAAAACAG